AUUUAAUAUUCCGUAGAUGGUUUACAAGUUUAAGCCGUUAAAGAUCCCUCUAUUGCCUUGGCUGAAAAGGCAUAGAAAAAUGAGGGAAGCCGUUAUUCCUCGAGAAAGUUGGAAGCUUUCUGUUGGGGACGAAGUUGAAGUUAUUCAGGGGCCUUAUUUAGGAAAAAGGGGUAAAAUCAUCGAAAAUAUAUAUAAUGAGAACAAAGUUAGAGUAAAGGGUGUUUCUUUGACGGUCCGGCGAAUACCUGCAGCUGGUGGGAAUCCUGGUGGCCUCUUUGAAAAUGAAAGGCCUAUACGUUACUCUGACGUGGCUUUAAUUCAUCCAAUAAAAAAUGUGCCCGUUAGAGUGAGACUAAUUGUGGAUAAGAAAAAAGAUAUAAGAACUAGAGCUACUCUCGACACUGGACACGAAAUUCCGUUUCCCAAAAUAGUUGAAAAGAAAUUGGACAAAAUACAGGCGGGCCCCAAAGACACUCCUGCUGCUGUAGUGCUUGAAAAAACGUACAUUCCUUCUCUCGUUAAGCCCGAUCACCAGAUCCUCUUUUCUUUGGGCCUUGAUAUCGAGGGCAAACCUUUUAGAAACCUGAAUAAAGAAGAUUCGAGACGAAAAAUUUAAUUUGAAAUAUUUUUACUAAAGGAAU